AUGUUCUACGUGAUUGGUCUUGGACUGUGCGACGAGAAAGACAUCACAGUCCGUGGACUAGAAGCAGUCAAAUCCUGCUCUCGAGUCUACUUGGAAGCCUACACGUCCAUCUUGAUGGUGAAUAAGGACCGCCUCGAAGCCUUCUAUGGCAAGUCACUUAUCCUUGCAGAUCGCGACAUGGUAGAGCUCGAGAGCGAUGAAAUCUUACGCGAUGCAGCCACUGAAAAUGUUGCAUUUCUCGUCGUUGGUGAUCCAUUUGGUGCGACGACGCACACGGAUUUACUGCUACGAGCUCGCGACCUGCAGAUCCCUACUCAAAUCAUCCAUAAUGCAUCUAUCAUCAACGCAGCGGGAUGCUCGGGGCUUCAGCUCUACAAUUUUGGGCAGACAGUAUCUCUCGUCUUCUUUACAGACACAUGGAAACCAGACUCGUUCUACGACCGCAUCGCAGAGAACGCCAGAUUGGGGCUGCAUACCCUGGUACUUCUUGACAUCAAGGUAAAGGAACAAAGCGAAGAAAAUCUAGCAAGAGGAAGAAAAAUAUACGAACCGCCACGAUACAUGUCCAUUCCUAUAGCUGUGAACCAACUUCUCGAAAUCGAAAGCAUCAGAAAAGAAGGCAUCCUCGAUGGCGAUUCGACACUAGCUAUUGCACUAUCGCGUGUGGGAAGCAUACCCUCCAGCGAAGGAUUGACAGAUGAUGAUGGCGGCACUCAACGUAUCGUCGCAGGUACUCUCUCGGAUUUGCAAGCCCAACCAGAGUCUGUGUUUGGAAAACCACUUCACAGCCUCAUCAUCGCUGGCAAGAAGUUGCAUGAAUUAGAGGCAAUUUAUGCAGGGGCCUUUGCUGUCAACAAGGACAACUGGAAUCGGAUCGCAAAACAAAUAUCUUAGGUCAAAAAUAGUAAUAGGCAAUUUCACAUUAUAACGCGCGUCUCAUCUGACUUCG